AUGCUGAUGCUCAUGUCAAUGGUUAGAUCGACUGCUGCUUGGAGCUCGGCAUCUCAUUUCACGUCACUGGAAAGCAGCACCCCGGAUUGGAAUCAUCAAAAUGAUGCAGGGCCAACAUCAAUUCAUGCUUGGUGGAAUAAGAGUACUGUCUCGUCGUCAUCGACUGCUUCCGAACCAGAAGAUGAUGAUGAGUCAGCUCCCUCAUCCUUUUUCAUUCGACCUGCCUUGCCAGCAGACGUUGGACCGGCUUCCAAAAUUCUGGCAGACGGCUUUUUCAAGGACAAUACCAACUUUAUCACCUAUCAAUUCGAACGAUUGGAAACUUGGCUGAGUCUGGACAUCGGAUUCCCAAGGCCCAACACCCGCCACGAACUCUUUGUGGCUUGCGAACAAUCCACAGGCAAAGUGUUGGGACUUGCGGAAGUGGAUGCCCGAAUCGAACGACCGACUGUCUGCAAUGGACCCUAUCUGUGUAAUGUCGCCGUUGACUUGGAUCACCUACGACAAGGAAUUGCCACGGCUCUUGUGGAAAAGUGCGAAGCCCAAGUACAAGAGUGGGUUUACGAAUCCGUUCAAAAAGAAGCAGCGACACUGAAUGAGAAGGAUUCGAAGGAUACUAGUACUGCUACUACUUCUCGCUUAUCAAGUUCGUUACACUUAAAGGUCCGCCAAAACAAUGCGAAAGCAGUUACCAUGUACGACAAGCUUGGAUACCAAUCAAUCUUGCAAGAAUUGGACAAGAAGAACCAGACGGUUCUGGUAAUGCGCAAGCAGCUGGAACGAUUGAACAACAACAUCAACAACAAUAACGAAGAAGCCGAAGCCACGAAAGGUGUCAGCACCACUAGAUGA